CCAGCCCAGGCUGUAAGGAGAAGUGACCCAGCCAAGGCCCAGCCAUGGGAGACACCUUCAUCCGCCAUAUCGCCCUCCUGGGCUUCGAGAAGCGCUUUGUCCCCAGCCAGCACUAUGUGUACAUGUUCCUGGUUAAGUGGCAGGACCUGUCGGAGAAGGUGGUCUACAGAAAAUUCACCGAGAUCUACGAGUUCCACAAAACGCUAAAGGAGAUGUUCCCCAUCGAGGCCGGCGAGAUCCACCAGGAGAACAGAGUCAUCCCGCACCUCCCGGCACCCAGAUGGUUUGAUGGGCAGCGUGCCGCAGAGAGCCGCCAGGGCACGCUCACCGAGUACUUCCACAGCCUCAUGGGACUGCCUGUGAAGAUCUCCCGCUGCCCGCACCUGCUGGACUUCUUCAAAGUGCGGCCUGAUGACCUGAAGCUGCCCACUGACAGCCAGGUGAAGAAGCCAGAGACAUACCUGAUGCCCAAAGAUGGCAAGAGUAAUGUAGCUGACAUCACCGGCCCCAUCAUCCUUCAGACCUACCGGGCCAUCGCCGACUACGAGAAGAGCUCGAGGACGGAGAUGACGGUGGCGACUGGAGACGUGGUGGACGUCGUGGAGAAGAGCGAGAGCGGCUGGUGGUUUUGCCAGAUGAAGACAAAGAGAGGUUGGGUCCCUGCAUCCUAUCUGGAGCCCCUUGACAGUCCCGACGAGGCGGAGGACCCGGACCCCAACUACGAAGGUGAACUGUACGUAACCAUCAGAGCGUACGCUGCUGUGGAAGAGGAUGAAGUGUCCCUGUCUGAGGGCGAAGCCAUCGAGGUCAUUCACAAGCUCCUGGAUGGCUGGUGGGUGGUCAGGAAAGGGGAUAUCACCGGCUACUUCCCAUCCAUGUAUCUGCAGAAGGCUGGGGAGGAGAUAACCCAGGCCCAGCGACGGAUCCGAGGCCGCGGGGCCCCACCCCGCAGGUCCACCAUCCGCAACGCACAGAGCAUCCACCAGCGUUCUCGGACGCGCCUCAGCCAGGACACCUAUCGCCGCAACAGCGUCCGAUUCCUGCAGCAGCGCAGACGCCCGGGGCGACCCGGGCCGCAGAGCACGGCUGCCACAAAGGACAAUCCAUCGACUCCGCGUGCCAAACCACAGCCCGCGGUGCCUCCGCGACCCAGCUCGGACCUCAUCCUGCACCGCUGCACGGAGAGCACCAAGCGGAAGCUGACGUCUGCUGUGUGAGGGGCGGCGGCCCUAGAAGGCGCCCUGUCCCUUGCCCUGUAUAUACUCGUAUAUACUCCUCCCCUGCCUUAAUGUUUGGAGUGGACUGAGACUCUGCAGCAAAGGACAGGGCUGGGUUAAUCUCUACCGGUAUUGCUACAAUGAGGGAAGGCAGUGAGCUUUGCUAGCGGGAGUUUGCAGGGACAUAAAAGGCCCGAUUACCUGCUGCCUUAGCCUCGACCACGGGACAAGUUUGCAGAAGGCGCAGUGCCUUGGGAACGCCCUAGGAAAGUGUUUCUCAACCUGUUGGCCGUGACCUCUUUGGGGAGGGUGUCAAAAGACUUUCACAGAAGUUGCCUAAGACCAUUGGAAAACACAGAUAUUUAUUUUUAUAGGUGUUUACAUUACGAUUCAUAAAAGUAUCAAAAUGAAUUAUGAAGUAGCAAUUAAAUUAAUUUUAUGAUUGGGGGCCCCCCACAACAUUGGGAACUAACUGUGUUAAGGGUCACGGCAUUAGGAAGGUUGAGAAGAACUGUCCUAAGGGCUCGUGAUGUUGCCCAGUAGGUAGAGUGCUUGACCAGCAUGCACCGGGGCCUGGCUUCUGUUCCCAGCAUCCCAUAAUUGGGCGUGUCAGUGUCCCAGCAUCUGGGCGGUCUAGACAGGCUCACAUCUGUAAUUUCAGAGCCCAAAGUCAAGAGAACUGCUGUUAGGUUCAAGAUGGGCCUGGGCCAUGUAGGGAAUUUGAGAUCAGAUUUAGCUAGUGUGAGAUCCUGUCUCAAACCACCCCGUCCCACAGCAUAACCACGCAUAGGGAGUCUCAGGGGGCUGAAAGCAGCCACCAUUAGUGGAUAAUCCCCAAUACUUUCAUUGCUUUCUUGUCUCUAAGACCUUGCUGGUAUUUCCAUCCCCAAAUGCAAAGAAACUGUGCUGGCUGAUCUUAUGUCAACUUAACACAAGCUGGUGUCAUCUAAGAAAGGGAACCUCAAGUGAGGAAAUGCCUCCCCAGGGCUGGAAAGACAGCUCAGUGGUUAAGGGCACUGUCUGCUUUUCCAGAGGACUAGGGUUCAAUUUCCCUCAUUCACAGGGUAGGUCACAUCUGCCUGUAACUCCAGUUUUAGGGAAUCUGACACCCUCGCACAGACAUAUAUGCAGACAGAACACCAAUGCACAUAAAAUAAAUACACAUUGAAAACAUUUAAGGGAGAAAAUGCCUCUAUAAGAUGCAGCUGUAAGGCCAUUUUCUUGGUGAUUGGUGGGGGAGGGCCCAGCCCAUGGUGGGUGGGGCCAGCCUGGGCUGGUGCUGCUGGGUUCUGUAAGAAGGCAGGCCCAGCAAGCAGUGGGGAACAAGCCAGUAAGCAGCGCCCCUCCAUGGCCUCUGCUUCAGCUCCCGCCUCCAGGUUCCUGCCCUGCUUGAGUUCCUGUCCUGACUUUUUUCAGUGAUGAACAACGUGGAAGUGUAAGCCGAAUAAACCCUUUCCUCCCUG